AUGAAAGAAAUAUUCGGGUUCUCUUUAAUUAAAAUUCUUACAUUUAGCGCCUUAAUAUGGAUAUCUCCCAAUUCUUAUGGGUCGGCUAAUUUGGGGGAAUCAUGGGAAAAUAGAAUAAACAUAAAUAACAAGUUAGAUGUAAGAAAUAGCAGGUUAUUAAAUGCAAGAUACGAAAAAAAUAGACAUGAAAGAAAUGUAAAUUUAAAAGAAGGAAAACAUAAUAUGUUAAAAGAUGAGGAUCAUUAUGAAAGAAGAUCCCCAAAUAAAAUGAAGAAUAAACCUAAUACUAGGGAACAAAUGCAAGAUCUGAGAUUUCGUGAUAGACAUGAUAAAUCACAAUCAAAAACGAAACAUGGUGACCAUUCUGGAAGAAGAAACGAUAAAUUAUCAAAUGAAAAAAUUGAUAGAAGAUCAAAAGAUAAUGCUGAUAGAGAUCAAGAUGAUAGUUUUCUUAAAGAACCAGAGGAUGGUUACUAUAGAAGAGAAGAAAAUGUUCAAUAUGGAGAAGGAAGAACCGAAUUUAAAAAACCACCAAAUAAUAAUGUUACAGAAAUACAGAAGAAGCCCGAAGUAAAUAAUAAAAAUUUAGAAAAUCUUCCCCCACCACCAAAUGGCAAGGCUCCUCAGAUGGUGGAAUACUACGAGUAUAGCAAAACAAAGAAAGGCUUAAAGGAAAAAUUGGUAAAUAUACUUAACAAAAUGGAUGUACAAUUUCAAUUGGAAUUUAUUCGUUACAUAAAAGGAAAGAAGCAUGUUACGGAACGUGAAUUUUUGGUACUUCGAGGUAAAAGAGAAAAAAUUGCUUAUUAUUUUAAGAGGUACAAAAUAUUCUUGCCACUUAUAGUACAAACUACAAUUUUUUUGAUAUUUUUACUGUUGGCAUUGACGUCAAAUAGUGCACCCAUUGCAAUGACCAUAAUGGCUUUUAUUACCGGUGAAUUGCUCUUGAAUUUGUUGUACUAUUAUUUAAAAGAAUAUAUUAAGAUAAGAAAAAUUCACAAAACUUUCAAAAAACAUGGUGUUAUAAUAAAAAAAUAA